GGACUUGGGGAACUGGCCCGGCGCCGGCGCCGCCGCCGCCUCCCUAAUUGCUCACUGGCCGGCGUGGUGGGGCGCCCAGACUCGGCUUCGAGGCGGCCCAGGUCAAGUGUGGCCGAGACGCUGGCACCACAGCGGCGGCCCCACCUGAGGACCAUCCCACCGGCGCGCCCAGCACCAGCCGUUGAGGCGCAGGCUUCAAGCCCUCCCCCAUUCCCCGGGACCUGACCCCGGGGUCGUAUUGAGGAUCCUCGCCCCUGGGCUGCCUGAAGGCGACUCCUCCCUGUCCCCACGGCCCCGAGGAGGGAACCAGCUCACAAUUCCAGAUGUGCCGUCGGGCUGUCCCUGCCUGGAGGGGCCCCUUCUCUCCUCCUUCCCCGAGCACCCGCAACUUGGAAGGCCUCGGAUUCCGGUCUGGAGCCAAAAGAAGGGCUGAACUCGGAGAACCUCUCUUUGCCUCCAAAGUCCCGGGCCGAUGUCCCAGGUGAGUGGCCAGUGUCCCCCUCAUUGCGACGCGCCCCAUGGAGCCCCCAGCGCAGCCCCGGGCCCAGCCCAGAUCCCAUUCCUCCUGCCUGGGCUAGAGGUAGUAACCGGAUCCACUCACCCUGUGGAGGCAGUGCUAGAGGACGGCUCCCUGGAGGAAGCGGCACCCCCCAUGCCCCAAGGCAAUGGCCCUGGGGCCCCUCAGCCCCUGGACAGUACUGACCUCGAUGUCCCCACAGAAGCUGUGACAUGCCAGCCUCAGGGGAACCCCUUGAGCUGCACCCCACUAGUGGCGAAUGGCUCAGGCCACCCCUCAGAGCUGGGCAGCGCCAGACGGGCGGGGAAUGGUGCCCUAGGUGGCCCCAAGGCCCACCGGAAGUUGCAGACACACCCAUCUCUCGCCAGUCAGGCCAGCAGGAAGAGCAAGGGCAGCACCAAAUCUACUGCCUCCCAGAUCCCCCUCCAGGCGCAGGAAGACUGCUGCGUCCACUGCAUCCUGUCCUGCCUGUUCUGCGAGUUCCUGACGCUGUGCAACAUCGUCUUGGACUGCGCCACGUGCGGCUCCUGCAGCUCCGAGGACUCGUGCCUCUGCUGCUGCUGCUGCGGCUCGGGCGAGUGCGCCGACUGCGACCUGCCCUGCGACCUGGACUGCGGUAUCGUGGACGCCUGCUGCGAGUCCGCCGACUGCCUGGAGAUCUGCAUGGAGUGCUGCGGGCUCUGCUUCUCCUCCUGACCGCCGCCGCCCCUGCAGCACCCCUCGCGCAGUGGCCCCGGAGGUGGAGGGGGUGGGGAGGAGGGCGGGGCCAGCUCCGCGGAGGGGGGCGGGGCCGCCGCAGGGCCCCUCACCCCACGCCUCCACCCGGCCUCGCAUUGCCGGGACUCGCAGCCGCGCCGACAACCUAGGGGGCGGGCCGGGGAGGGAGCCGCGCCUGGCCCCACGGCCUGGGCCGCAGAACACUGUGAAAGUGGGAGGGCAGCAAAGGGGGCGGGGGGAGGCGGGGCCGGCGGGUUGUGCGCUCCUCUACCUCUCACGGCCCCUGCGGCCCCGCCUCCCGCCGCCCAGGCUCAGCAAAAUGUGAAGUGAGACAUCCCAGCCCGCUCUGGGCCACGCCCUUCCCCAGCGUCUUUACCCGACCCUCGUGGGGGCCUGACUUGUACGGUGACCCCCGAAGUCCUCCAGGGGGCAGGGCUAAGCUAGGAGGGACAGGAACGGUAUAGAAAAUACUGGAAGGGGAGAGGGAGGGAAUGGAGGGUGGGCCUGUCCUAUUUGUUGCUGUAAAUAAAGUUAU